UUAAAUUUGUACCUUUACUAGUUAUCAUAUUUAUAAACGUGUGGCUAUUAUAAACGUUUUAUUUAGAUUUAUUUAAUACAAAACAGGACUUAUCUUCUGACACCAAAAUACACUUUUGUCAUGGCUGAGUUCGCCUCUGCGCGGGCUUCUAUAACUGGAUCCGCAAUCCCCAUUGCUGGAUAUAGUUCAGGAGCCGAGCAUACCUUUGAUCCACAAGCAGGCGUAGCAGAGUCUGCGCCGGAAACGGAGGCUGGCCAAGAAGGGGGAGGUAACACAGUAACGUUUGGAGGUGUGGAGACAUUCAGUAAGACUAACUCUUCAACUGCAGGAUCAACCGUCGGUGCACUUACUGAGGACACUGGUAUGACUCCUAUAUCACAGAAGGUGACCAGCGAGCUAAUUGCGGCCGGGGGUGCUGACAGUACUGUGCCACCCAUGGAGACACCUGGACCAAAUACUUUACAGGACAGCCAAACGAAAAUGCAUAUUAAUCCAGACGUUGUUGUGGAAAGGAAUUUAAUCACAAAACCCUAUUUAAAUGCGGUAAUCAUCGGCCAUCUUGCUUGCGGAAAAUCAACUGUUUCCGGUAGACUGGUAUACGAGUGUGACGGUAUCGAUGAAGAAUUGAUGACGAAAUUUGAGCGGGAAGCAAAUCUGGCUGGUAAGGCAGCCUCUAAGUAUGCGUGGGUAAUGGACAAAUUACAGGCUGAAAGAGAAAAGGGUAUCUCCAUAGAUACCAAACUUCGUCGCUUAGAAACUCGUAACUAUUACGUCAAUAUCAUUGACGCACCCGGUCACAUUGAUUACGUCCAUAACAUGAUAACAGGCUCUUCCCAGGCCGAUGUCGCAAUUCUCGUUGUAUCAGCUAAAGAAAAGGAAUUUGAGGAAGGCGUGACACACGACGGACAGACACGCGAACACCUGCAGCUUGCCUACGCUAUGGGAGUUAAACAGCUCAUUGUCGUGGUUAAUAAGAUGGACGUGACGAAACCACCUUACAGUCAGAAAAGGUACAACUUUAUUGAGAAAAACGUGGACCUGCUUGUGAAAAAGGCCGGGUUCGACGCUGAGACUGUCAUUUAUAUACCAAUAUCCGGUUGGAUGGGGGACAACCUGGUCAAAAGAAGUGAAAGUCUGAACUGGUUUAAGAUGUGGAAAAUUGAGAGAAAGUCCGGUGGUGCCAGUGGAAAGACUGUCGUAGAUGCAUUGGACGCUAUGGAGCGACCGCCAAAGUUAGAAAGAUACCCACUCCGCAUGGCCGUCCACAGUGUUUAUAAACUUGGCACGGUGGGCGUGGUUGCGGCUGGUAAGAUACACUGCGGCUUCGUGAAGCCAGGAAUGUCUGUCACAUUUGGUCCACCAGACCUUAAAACAAAGGUCCGGGCAGUUCAACUUCAUCACGAUGCUGUGACAGAGGGGUACCAGGGGGAAAACGUCGGUCUUCAGAUUGAGGGACUAGAUGUGAAGGACAUUAGGAAGGGAUUUCUGUGCGGGGAGACAAGCAGAGAUCCGCCAAAGAAAGUUCAGUUAUUCACAGCACAGAUGGUGAUCCUGCAGCAUCCUGGGGUUAUAAAGAAAGGUUACACACCCAUGCUCCACUGUCACACCGCAUGUGUACCAGUCAAGUUUUCCGAAUUGAAAGAAAGGUGCGAUCGAAAAACAGGUGGGCGAAUGGAAUACAGUCCGACGGUUUUAAAGGCGGGCGACGCUUGUGUUGUCGACAUGGUACCAUCUAAACCAAUAUGUGUUGAGUCAUUUUUCGAUUAUCCGUCGCUAGGGAGAUUCGUUGUUAGGGACAUGAAGCAAACAAUAGGUGUUGGUGUAAUUGUGAACAUUGCUGGACGCGAUCCGCCACAAACGGACGACGAUAAAUGGGCCGUGGGCACCGUGCCUUUUGCCCGACGACCACAAACGACUGGCGGAAGAAGUGUAACAUUUAGUAUACCGCAGCCCGACGAGUUUGAAAAACCAAAGAAUUUCUCUUUUCAGGAUGAGGAAACUUUCAGAACCCAAUCUGGUAAACUUGAAACCGAGUUGUAGACAAAAAGAAGAUACAAUUCCAUGUUUUAGCGAUAACAUUCUAUUUCUAAUUUGGCUACCAGCUAUUUUGAUUUUCCUGUAAGGAAAAAAAACUUG